GAUCUAUGAAGAAACACAACUUUCCUCUUCACAUUUAUAUUCUCAAUUUCUCAUAUCCAUGAUCGCACCUUGAUCCCAAUCUAGAGUGUUGUUCCAAAUCUCUCUCUCACCAUGGCCAAUGUCUCCGUAGCCGCGGAGUGGCAGCUCCUCUACAACCGCUACUACCGUAAGCCCGAGCUCUACCCAAUGCGCUGGCGCCACGUCGACCUCGCCCGCAACAAACUCGCCGCCGCCCCCUUCGGCGGCCCUCUCGCCGUCAUCCGCGACGACUCCAAGAUCGUCCAACUCCACGCCGAGUCCGCCCUCCGCAAACUCCGCCUCUUCUCCUCCUCCGGUCAACCCCUCGCCGACACCGUCUGGCGCCACCCCGGCGGCCGCCUCAUCGGCAUGUCAUGGACCGACGACCACACUCUUAUCUGCGUCGUCCAGGACGGCACAAUCUACCGCUACGACGUCCACGCUCAUCUCAUCGAGCCUAACCUAUCCCUCGGUAAGGAGUGCUUCGAGAGCAACGUCGCCGAUUGCGCUUUCUGGGGAAACGGCGUCGUUUGCAUCACUGAGGCCAAUCAGCUUUUCUGCAUCGCCGAUUUCAAAAACCCUGAGUCUGUGAAGCUUGCUGAUCCGGGGAUUCUUGAACCGCCGCGGUGUAUGGCUGUGAUUGAGCCGCAGUACACUAUUUCCGGCAAUGUUGAGGUUCUGCUUAGCGUUGGCGAGGGAGAGGAGGAUGCCGCGGUGCUUGCUGUCGAGGAGGACGGCGUGCAGCGGCUCGGUGUUGAGAUGCUCCGGGGACCGCUGCAGAAGAUGGUGGUGUCGCGCGACGGCAAGUGGCUCGCGUCGUUCACGCACGACGGGAAGCUCUUGGUCACUACGUCGGAUUUGACUGAAAUCAUCAUUGAAAGGGAGUGUGAGUCAGCUCUUCCCCCGGAGCAACUUGCUUGGUGUGGCAUGGAUGCUGUGCUGCUUUACUGGGAUGAUAUGCUUUUAAUGAUGGGUCCUGAUGGAGAGCCAGUUUCAUACCUUUAUGAUGAGCCAAUCUUUCUUAUUCCUGAGUGUGAUGGAGUGAGGAUAUUGUCCAACACUAGCAUGGAAUUUCUACAGCGCGUGCCUGAUUCCACUGUUUCAAUCUUCACAAUUGGCAGCACAUCACCUGCAGCUUUGCUAUAUGAUGCGUUGGAUCAUUUUGAUAGGCGUAGUGCAAAGGCAGAUGAAAAUUUGAGAUUGAUAAGAUCAUCUCUUCCUGAGGCUGUUGAAGCAUCUGUUGAUGCUGCAGGUCAUGAAUUUGAUGUUUCACGCCAACGAACUCUCCUGAGGGCAGCCAGUUAUGGGCAGGCCUUUUGCAGCAAUUUUCAACGUGAUCGUAUCCAAGAGAUGUGUAAAAUUCUGCGGGUCUUGAAUUCAGUGCGCAGCCCUGAGAUUGGCAUUCCUCUUAGUAUUCAGCAAUAUAAGUUGCUUACUCCAUAUGUUCUGAUUGGUCGCCUGAUUAAUGCUCACCAACAUCUGCUUGCCCUGCGGAUAUCGGAAUAUCUUGGAAUGAAUCAAGAGGUGGUGAUAAUGCACUGGGCAUGUGCUAAGAUAACUGCUUCAUUGGCAAUUCCUGAUGCUACUCUUCUGGAUAUUCUGCUUGAUAAGUUAAAACUAUGCAAAGGCAUAUCCUAUGCAGCAGUUGCUGCUCAUGCAGACAAAAACGGCCGGCGGAAGUUAGCUGCCUUGCUUGUUGAACAUGAACCUCGUUCAUCUAAACAGGUACCUCUCCUGUUAAGCAUAGGAGAAGAAGAUAUAGCCUUGAUAAAGGCAACUGAAUGUGGUGAUACAGACCUUGUUUACCUUGUACUUUUUCAUAUUUGGCAAAAGAGGCAGCCAUUAGAGUUCUUUGGAACUAUACAAGCCAGAGCAUUAGCACGUGAGUUAUUUGUAACAUAUGCACGGUGCUAUAAACAUGAAUUUUUGAAGGACUUCUUCUUAUCAACUGGGCAACUUCAAGAUGUGGCAUUCCUUCUUUGGAAAGAAUCAUGGGCACUUGGAAAAAAUCCAAUGGCAAGCAAAGGAUCUCCACUUCAUGGUCCUCGAAUAAAAUUAAUCGAGAAGGCUCAGAAUCUUUUUGCAGAAACCAAGGAACAUACCUUUGAAUCAAAGGCAGCUGAAGAGCAUGCAAAACUGUUGAGAAUUCAGCACGAACUUGAAGUGACCACAAAGCAGGCCAUUUUUGUGGAUUCAAGUAUAAGUGAUACAAUCCGUACUUGUAUUGUCUUGGGAAAUCAUCGAGCUGCAACAAAAGUGAAAACAGAAUUUAAGGUGUCUGAGAAAAGAUGGUAUUGGCUUAAAGUUUUCGCUUUGGCUACAAUCAAGGAUUGGGUUGCCCUGGAAAAAUUUUCGAAGGAGAAGAAACCUCCAAUAGGUUACAGGCCGUUUGUGGAAGCAUGCAUUGAAGCAAAUGAAAAGGGAGAAGCUAUUAAAUAUAUCCCAAAACUUGCAGACCCUCGAGAAAGAGCCGAGUCAUAUGCUAGAAUUGGUAUGGCUAAGGAAGCUGCUGAUGCUGCUUCACAGGCAAAAGAUGGUGAAUUACUUGGUCGGUUAAAAUUGACAUUUUCACAAAAUGCAGCAGCUUCGUCUAUAUUUGAUACGCUUCGAGAUCGGUUGUCCUUCCCAGGUGCCUCGUGAUUUUAUGUUGGGCAAAACUUACCUACAGUACCUUCAGUACUGUUUACUGUUUGCCAAUCAAAAUGGAACACGUGUAUUGUUUCAUCCAAGCACCAUCAAACUUUUCAUCUCAUGUUUAAAAGCACACUAGCACAAACACAAAAAUACAUUAUUUACUUGAAUUAACAUCGAUCUCAAGGUUCAAAAAUUAUAUUAUACUUCA